AUGCAUGAGCUGACCCCCAUUCAGAAGGAAAUAAUAUCCGGUCUGUCUGCUGGUUCACUAACAACUUUAAUAGUUCAUCCAUUGGAUCUAAUUAAAGUGAGGUUACAAUUGCUAGCAACCACUACCACUCAACAACAUCAAAAGGGUUACACAUAUCUCAUUAAUGAACUAAUUAAUAACUCCAAGAAAAUGGGCUCUCAAGGUCCAAUCUAUAACCUAAUAAAGGAAUCAUAUAGAGGAUUACCCAUCAACCUAUUGGGGAACGCAGUAGCAUGGUCGUUAUAUUUCACCAUAUAUAACUCUACGAAGGAUUAUAUGUUCCAAAAUAACUAUCUCCACAAUAAUAACACAACUAUUUUUCUAACGUCCGGAUUAAUUAGUGGGAUAUCAACCACCCUAUUGACUAAUCCGUUAUGGGUCAUAAAGACAAGAAUAAUGUCUACUAGUAGACAUCAUAAGGAUUCAUACAAAUCCAUAAGGCAUGGAUUCAAAUCGUUGUUAACUAAGGAGGGACCAAAAGCAAUUUGGAUGGGGUUGUUGCCCUCUUUAUUGGGUGUUUCACAAGGUGCCAUAUAUUUCAUGAUUUACGAUAAUUUAAAGCUGCAUUUUAAUGUUAACUUAAAUAAAUCGAAAAAGGACAAUGCUAAUGCUAAUUUAAAAAUAGUACUGAUAUCGUCCCUCAGUAAGAUGCUUUCUGUAAUGAGCGUUUAUCCUUUCCAAUUGUUAAAAUCGAAUCUUCAAACGUUCAGAUCCGUAACUAAUAACAUUCCCCAAAACGAUUACCAUUUUAUUACAUUAAUAAGAAAAAUUUAUAGAGAUAAUGGAAUAAAGGGACUCUAUAAAGGAUUAUCCGCAAACCUACUGAGAGCAAUUCCAUCUACAUGCAUUACAUUCUGUAUAUACGAAAAUUUCAAGUCGAAACUUUAA